AUGAUCCGCUCGGGGAUCACGAGGGUCGUAAGGCAGAUUCAGGUACGCAGCCUUGCGACCGACAAAGAUCUACCAGUACCUCGUUUGCAUGACGCUAAGCGAAAGGAGGUGGACGAUAUAAUAGAGCCGACAGUUCCGAAGGUUCCCGUAAUGGUAACAGGCGACGAAGCAGCGGAAAUUGGCGGCAGACCGGCAGAACACACAGAAGAGCGUACUGUUCGUAUCUUCCGAGCUGCACGAGAGGCUACGCAGUCCGGUUGGGGGAAUACCAAG